GUACACAUUUUUAAAUGUUAAUAAUUUUUAUAGUUUAUUCAUGUUUGACAUAACUUUACAAGAAAUUUAUCCUGUAGUCUAAUUUAAAAUUUUGGAAUCGAAAGCCUGAAACUAAAUUUAUAUUAUAUACAUUUUGCCCGAAAAGUUUAAUUUUUUUAAGCGAUAUGACGGCUAUUGCAGCAGCAGAAAAAAAGAAGAAAAGGGAUGAAAUGUAUUACAGGUUCAAUACAAAUCGAGGAAUGGGCUAUUUAAAAAAUCGCCUGAGGAAAUACCAAGAUGCUGUGGAACUGUUCACAAACGCCAUCGAUAAUGCAGAGCCUGGCUUCGAAACUCCACUUAUCAUAGCACGCAGUAAAGCAUACAGCAAACAAGUAGAUCACAACGCAGCUCGAAUUGAUGCAAUCAACGUUCUUGAAAACAAUCCCGACGAAAUCAGAUGCCUCGAAAAUGAUGCUUACACACUUUACGAAAAAAAUGAUUUUGAAGAUUCCCUGGUACAGAACUACUGUGGACUUCGAAGGCGUAAAAAACCUGAUAACUUCUACAGAGGAAUACUUGUGGGAAAAGAAACCAUUGAAGACUGCAUUGGUCGCAAUGCAGGACCGUUCUUGGACAACGACCGUUUGGGUCAAGUCAUUGUGGACAUGCACUUGCAAAGGGGCGGAACACAUUUAGAUGAUGACAAAGAUGAACUAGCUGUUGCCCAAAGUAAAUACGAGAAGGAGCAUACAGACAAGAUGUUUGCCCAGAAGUACCUCGGGCGGUUAGCUGCUGACAAGCAGUUCUUGUUGGAAAUGUUGAAGUCACCUCAACUGAAGGCUGGGAACAAACAGCACAAUCGACAGUUGCAAAAUAUUCUAAUGGAUACAGUCAAUGUCAUCAAUAGUCAGCAGGACACAUUAAUGACGCAGCGUCCUAUGUACAUGCUGGAUUAUCACAAACCGACAUUUUCCACAAAAUACAAUCAACAAAAGAAGGAAGAUGUUGAGAAAAGUAAAUGCGGAGUGAUGAAAACCAUGAAUAAACUGUUUGAUGAAGGGAACUCUUUACAGCGAGAGAGAAAGCUCGCAGAUUGUAUGAAUGUAUGUGAUCGUCUCAGAAGGUUUAUCGAGUGUCAGCCAAACAACUUGCUCCCCAAGUCUCAGAGAGAAGAAGUUCUUAAUCGUCUGUACUCCCUGAUUGGUCUGGCCUAUAUGGACACAAAGACACUGGUUCCUGAUUGGUCUUUUGAUGACAACGACCUCCGAAUAGAGUUUGUUUUGAACUCCAAGAUCAACAAUCCCCGAUUUGUUGACAGAGUCAGAGAAACAUACUUUCCAAAGAUUUGGAAUGUCAAAGAGAUGAAGAGGGAUUUAAGAGCUCGUCUGGAAGUUUCAAUACACAAGAUGGAAAGGAUGUAUCUGUACCAUGAACUGUCAAGAUGUUUGUUUGAAGAGUUGAAGCAAGAAAAAGCCUACAAGAUGGCAUCAUCUGCACUUAAAUUGGCCAAGGAGACAAAGAGCGGAUUGUGGCAGUUCAAUGCUGGGUUUCUGACCUCUCUCUCUGUGCUCAUGGAAGGAGACACCGAUGAAGCCAAAACUAGCUUCACCGACGUUAUGAUCAAUGCUCGGAGAAUGGAGCGAGACGAUUGUGCAUACUUUGUUCAAAAGGUGAUAAAAAUAGCUACGGAACCGAACCGAUUGAAUUACGAUUCGCCAAAUAUUACGCAACAGAGAGAAAAAGAGAUUAUGGACAUCAUGAGCACUCCCGAACUACGAGCGGAAACUUACCGGAUGCUACAAAGAAUAAAGACAGCUCCAACCCACGCUAGACUGAAACUACAAACUGCGUUGACAACUAAGACACUAGGCAUGGGCAGUUCACGCAGGUCGAUGAAAAUCGCAGCCCGAGCAAAACGCAGAACUCUACACGAGGUAAGGACCAGCGAGCGUAAAUCUUCCGUAAACUGGCACAAGUCAAUUUCGCUUGAUCUCUCAAAAAUUGAAUGAUUUUCUUUAUGUGCUAAAACCUUCACUUUACAUAAAGUAAAUUAAAGAUCUGUCUAGUAAUA